AUGUGCUGUGAAUUUGAGGAAGCAGAAAGAGAAAGAAAAGUAGAUCUUGAGAUUGAUUUUCAUAAGUUAGAAGAGGUAGGAAGUUUUAAAUAUCUGGGGUCUGUGAUCCAAAAUAUAGGAGACCUAGAUGAAGGGUUGACCGGAAGGAUACAGUCCGGGUGGAGUAGCUGGAGGAAAUGUAGUGGGGUGCUGUGUGAUCGUUGGAUGCCGGUAAAACUAAAGAGCAAGAUCCGGCGCCAGGUUAUGAGACCUGCAAUGUUGUACUCGUCCGGAACAUGGGCAUCUAAGAAGAGAGAUGAGAACAGGAUUGGUAUGACUGAGAUGAGGGUGUUGAGAUGGCACUGUGAACUUACUAGAAAGGAUAAAGUUAGGAACGAACAUGUUAGAGGCACUCUCAAAAUAGCACUAACAAAGUGA